AUAACAUUAUGGAUUUGCUGAGAAAGCUUCUAAUUUUUGCAAUAAUUCUACUUUAUUCGCAAAGAUCUGAAUCAGCUGCUGUGUGUAGCAGAACUGCGAGUCGUUCUGUAUCAAGAUCGGAGUCGUCCUUAGUAUAUACGAGACAGAGUUACCGAUAUUACACUUCUUGUGGCUUUCUCUGGCUCAGUAGGUGUUCGAGGACUGGGUACAGGAAUGUAGGGAGCACAGCACACACAACCAGAUACAGCAGGCAAUACUAUCUUGACAAAUUUUGCUGUUCUGGUUAUGUUGGAUCUGCACCUUCCUGUAAACGAGAAUGCCACAGUUUGGGUCACCCAAGUAAUGGUCGUGUGUCUGUGCCAUCUCGUAUAGAAGGGAAUAGGGCUACCUAUAGUUGUGACAGUGGAUAUGCUUUACGUGGCUCAUCAAGUCGAUCUUGCCGGUCUGAUGGUACUUGGUCUGGGGGUGAACCGAUAUGUCACGUUGUCUGUGGAAAUCCACCUGGACCAUCAAAUGGUUUUGUGUCAGUACGGUCCACUUAUGUUGGAGACACUGCAUCUUAUUAUUGCAAUUCUGGUUAUCAUCUAUCUGGAUCGUCACCACGUGUAUGUCAAAGCUCAGGAUCCUGGAGUGGAAGGCAGCCGUCAUGUAUUCGUGUCUGCCCUGCACUAACAUCUCCGAGCAAUGGUGUUGUCAGUGUGAGUACCUACAAUGUUAACGGCAGAGCUACUUACACCUGCAACAAUGGGUAUGGAUUGUCUGGCACAUCUUCUCGUACUUGCUCUUCCAGUGGAAGCUGGUCCAGAUCAGUCCCCACGUGCCAAAGAAUUUGCCCUACGCUGAGUAAUCCAAGUAAUGGUCAAGUGUCUGUUAACUCUUAUUUUGGAGGAGGCAGAGCUGUGUACAGCUGCAAUCGUGGGUAUGGACUGUUAGGUUCAGCAACGGAGACAUGUUCCGUUGAUGGGAGCUGGUCUGGAUCACCACCAAGUUGUCAUAAUCUUUGUCCUGCACUGAGCAGUCCAGAAAAUGGUGCCGUGUCUGUUAAUACCUAUUUUCCUGGAAGCACUGCUACCUACACUUGUAAUAGUGGGUAUGAGCUGUCUGAUGAAUCUUCUCUCCGAACAUGUUCUUCUCUUGGAAUCUGGUCUGGAUCGGAUAUUACUUGUGAAAGAGUGUGCCCCAUCAGAAACCCCCCUGUAAAUGGUGAUGUGUCGGUUAGUACACACAAUGUUGAAGGUGUGGCUACUUUUACCUGUGACAACGGCUACGAAUUGUCUGGCUUAUCCAGAUGUACCUGUCUUGCUACUGGAAACUGGUCUGAGGAGGUGCCUGUUUGUAUCGGUUUGUGCUUGUACCCUGAUCAGCUUCGAAAUGGUAUAGUUUCAGCAGUAUCUCUUUUAGUUGGGGAGAAUGCAAUGUAUGUUUGUCAUGAUGGAUAUCGAUUGUCUGGAGACUCUACCCGACGCUGCCAAACCUCGAGAACUUGGAGUGGACGCCUCCCAGAAUGCAUCCGAGUGUGCCCUCCGUUAAACAAUCCAAGUGAUGGUAAAGUCGGUGUGAACAUUCCUGAUGUUGGUGCUACUGCCACAUACACAUGCAACACUGGAUAUGGAGUAGUUGGAUCACCUACUCGUAACUGCCUUUUUGAUGGAACUUGGUCUGGGAAGCAACCAUCUUGCAAUGUGACAUGUCCAAGAUUGAGUACUCCACCUCAUGGUCAGCUGAAGGUCCAGUCCUAUUAUGAUGGCGGUAUCGCUGUGUAUACCUGUGACAGUGGAUACUAUAUAUUGGGAUCAUUUGAUCGUAUUUGCAAACAAGGAAACUGGUCUGGAAGCGACCCUGCUUGUCAAGAGCUGAUGUGUCCACUUCUGACUGCUCCUACUGAAGGAAAUGUAUCUGUGUCAACUUAUCGACCUGGUGGUAUUGCUACCUACACUUGUGGAACUAACAUUGCAACUGAACAUCGAUACUGUACAGCUAAUGGAAGAUGGUCUGGAUCACCACCAAAUUGUCUAGGGACUGUAAGCACUGAUUGUCCUAUGAAGGCUUUUGACAAGGAUGUUGAAGAAAUUGCAAGGUCGAUUGUCAGCUCCUUAAACGAUAAGACAUUUUCUGAAAACACUUGUAUUUUUAUCGCGGCUUUUGAAACGCUAGUCGAUAUUCUGGGUGUGAAACCUUCUGAUAAAAACUAUAACGGUUUUAUUGUUGCAAUGAAUGAGAUUGGACAAGUAAACGAACUAUGUAAAGAAGACAAAACAGCUGAGGACAUUCAAAAGUUAGCGGAUGAAAUUGUCUCCACUUUUUCAGUGAAUUCAAAGAAUGAGGACAUAUCAAAUAUUCGAGAGCUUGUGGGUAAAUUACUGUGUAAUGCUGAAAAAACAAGACCUAAACGACAAUCUGAUGAAGACGAAAAUUGUGAAUGUCCGUUAGGAGGAAUUCAAAAUAUCGGCUCGGCUUGCGAAUUUUAUAAAUGUUUGAACUCUAGUAACUUGAAGAGCAUUUUUGGAUUUGAUUUAGGUGUAGAGGAUAUUCUAUUUCCAUGUUUGGCAUUCGUUGUAGAUACCACUGGUAGCAUGUCGGAAGAAAUCGAUGCUGUAAAGAGAAUCAUUUUGGAGUUUGUCCACGCUGAGAAAGAGUUUGCUACGUCUGAAGGUUGCUACAUGCUUGUUCCCUUCAACGAUUUAGGAUCAGAAAAAGCCAAUGUUCCAGAUGAAAGUAUUGGACCAAUUACCGUGGCAUAUACUGAGGAUGCUGAACAGCUUCUUUCAUUUUACAACAAUGUUACUGCUCUCAAGGCUAUACCCGAAUCUGGCGGUGAUAUCAAUGAGUACGCUCUUGAUGCUAUGCUAGAUGCAUUAGAGUUUACUAUAAAAGACGAAGAUGGUCCAUUGCUAUGGCCUGGAUCUCAGAUGAUUGUUCUAACAGAUGCGCCUUCAAAAAACAAGGACCUCAAGCUAAAUGUGACUUCAUUGGCUAAAAAAGAAUUUAUUUGCAUACAUUUCUUUGUAUCAUAUCAUUCUUUUCUUGAAGAUGGAGUCUAUCAGUACGUUGCAGAAGAAACAGAAGGAACUGUUGUGAAUCCGUAUAGUAAUUGGACUCUUGCAAGAUUUGUUUCGUCAUAUAAAGAGAAAAAAUGUGGAAUUUUCAUUGAUGAACGGCAAAAAAGAGCUCCUUCAAUCUCUUUAAAAUGUAGCUCCUUCCGAGUAUCACAACUGGCAUCUAUGUUCAAAUUUUCUGGCGAAGCUAACAGCACGGUUACCCUCAUUAGUCCCUCAGGAAAAUCUAUUGAAGUUGCUUCAAAGGGGGGAGUAGCUGUUCAUGCUAGGCCCAACCCUGAGUUUGGAGAGUGGCAGGCUUGUGCUGACACUGGAAUGCUAGAAGUGUCGGUUUAUGAAGAUAUUGUGAUUGAUGCCACAAUCUUUUACUUCAACAAUAUAGAAGGAUCAAAUCGGACAAGUGUUCCUCCGACUGAAUGUUCCAGUGGCACUGCUACGCUGCUCACAUCAAAGGCAUCUUUAUGUGGUACAAUUAAUCUUAACCUGAUUAAUCCAAGGAGAGAAAUCCUCCAUACAAUCCCAAUGAACGGAUGUGGUCAAAUGUUCUCUGGCAAUGCAACAUUUCCCAGUGGAACAUACACAUAUCAGAUCAGUGGAACCGACUCUCUCGGUACACCAUUUCAGACCAGUAUCAAAAAAGUUACCUUUAGAGAGGGUAAAUACAAUUUUGAAAUUGAUGAUCCGAACGAUCUAUUGGAGCUAAAAGGGCAAGAAACUGCGGAAGUCAGUGUAACAAUACAUAACAACAAUCGGUUUCCUUCGACAUUCAAACUCUCAGCUAAAAUUCUUGAUUUAUCAGUUCAUUCGGAACAAGUUGAAAUUACUGUGCCUGCAUUCAAGUCGUCUGCAGUGACUGUACCAAUUGUUGUACCAGAUUCGCUUUCCCAUGGCAUCAAAACACUCACCAUCCUGUCUGAAAAUGGCUGCAAUACCUUGACAGUUGACAAAACGGUCACUAUCAUCAAGGAAGCACCCCCAGUUACAUCGGCAGUUACAUCGGCUCCCAAUGAGUGUGGUUGCCUGAAUAGUGGGAUUUGCAGGCUUAUAACUCGUCGAGGGCGUGUCUACAAGAGGUGUAGCUGCCCAACUGGAUAUCGUGGAUCCAAAUGCCAACUUACAUACUGAUGGUAAAACACCAAAGAAAGAUGUGCUAACUUAAUUUGAUUGCUGCAUGUUAGUAUAAUUAGGUAGAUAUAGAUCUCUUCUAGCAACUGUGGACUCACCGAUUAGAAAACGAACAUUAAUGAUAUGGCAAUUAUGUACAUAUCCAUAUGUAUUGAAUUUUGUGUCGCAUUUUGUGUCGCAAUUCAAA